AAUCAUCAAAUAAAAAUUGCGAAGUGAUAAAAAUAAAUGGUCAGGAUGCGCUAGAAACGAUAAAAGAAUUUGCUGAUAAGAAUGUUUCAAGUUCAAGAGACCUGGGUGUCCGAUUUAAUGAAGCCUUGAGUUCUCUUGCUUUGCAACUUGGUGAUUGGGUCUUUGCUGAAGAGAGUGGCCAAUUUACUAAAAGACCUAAUUUACCAGAAUCACCUAAUAUCACUUAUACAUUAUCAUGCUCUGGAAAACAUCGAACUAUAGUCAGAGGUUGGAGUAUAAAUUACAUUGGCAAUGAUUUUACUGAUACUAAAAGCUAUUUUGAUCAGAAUUGUUUACCAACUCAGUUUGAGAAAACUAAGUUGACAAAGGAAAGUCCAAAAGCGGCGGUCUUUAAUUUAUCCUCAGAGUUUCAAGGUCAAUUAAUACAUAAUCCAGGAGGAUCUAUUAAAUUUUACAAAGUUCAUGAUAUCGGUGUUGCCGUAAUUGGAACU